AUGCACCAAGAACAGCAGAAAUAUCAAGCAUUGAUAAUGAAGGUAGAUGGCACGUUUGAGAUAUUGGAAACUAAAUAUGAUAUUUUCCACGGCCGUAUUAAUCCCGUCUCCAAGCUUGCUAUUCGACGCCACAGGAUAUUACGACCUUUAAAAGAAACCAUCAAUGAAACCAUAUACAACUCUAUUCUUGCUUCUGGCUCUCGACCCGGUUACUUAUAUGGACUCCCAAAAGUUCACAAAAAUAGGACACCCCUGAGACCUAUUGUGUCCUCUAUUAAUACAUUUAACUAUAACCUUGCUAAAUUCCUUGUCAAAAUCAUCCAACCCCUAACCAUUAAUGAGUACACCACUGCCAACACUUUGGAUUUUGUGGAAGAAAUCAAACAACUUAACAUUGAAGAUUCCACAGUAAUGGCCAGCUUUGACGUGGAAUCAUUAUUCACUAACGUUCCUCUGUCAGAAACUACACAGAUUAUUACGGACACCAUAUCAGACGAGUCCAUAUCACAGUUUGGUCUAAACAAGAAACAGUUUAACUCUUUUCUAAAUGUUGCCACAAGAGAUUCUGUUUUCACGUUUGAUAACAAAUUAUAUACUCAAAUAGAUGGCGUAGCUAUGGGUUCACCACUUGGCCCAAGUUAUGCAAACGCCUUCCUAUGCCACCAUGAAUGUCGUUUACCUUGCAAGUACGCCCCUGUGCCUCCAAGGGAGUUUGAAGUUCGGAACUUCCUUCGGGACUGA